GCACGUUUUGAGUAGUUAAGCUUACGUUUGGGGGCGAGCAGCAGUCAGUAUAAAUAAAUACUCCGCAAAAGCUAUUGGAAUAUUAGAAACGCGCUGUUAACUACAGGAAACACAACUACGCAACGACCGUUGAAAUUAUUUAAUUGCGUUAAUUAAAUCGUUGAAAUGUCAGCAGAAUCAAAACCCGAGCCCACAGGUAGCAAUGUGCCCGACUGGGUGCAGGCCGAACUAUUUGAGGAUGUUCUAAAGGAAUCAGUCAAUGGCUUCUCUAAAAUCAAGAGCUUCAAGGCCAUCAGCGGAUCAGCAGCAGGUGAAAACUAUGCGACGAUCAUGUUGCGUGUGAACAUAACUGUCGAGCUGGAGGAUGGUAAAGAGAAAUCAAUAUCGUUCAUGCUGAAGCUGCCACAUCAGUCAGAGAUCUAUAAGAAGAUGAUGGAAUCGAAUAACAUUUUUGAAACUGAAUUCCAGAUGUACAAGACCGUAGUACCUGAGCUUGAGCAAAUUUAUCGAGAUGCUGGUGUAGAAGUGAAAUUUGGUGCCAAAGCCUAUGAGCUGAAGGGCGCCAAGACCGAUUAUAUACUUCUAGAGGAUCUGGCACCUAAAGGCUUUAAGAACACUAAUCGCACCGAGGGUCUGGAUCAGGCACACACGGAAUACGCUCUGAAAAGGCUGUCCAUGUGGCACGCUGCAUCCAUGCUACGUGUCGCCACCAAGGGUGACUAUCCAGAUUUCCUUAAACGUGGCUUCUACAAGGAGGAACUACGCCCAACUAUGACUCAGAUAAAUAACAACCUUUUCCAAAGCUUUAGUAAGGCCUGUAAGCAAUACGAGGGCAACGAGGAGUACAUGAGUCAAAUACUAGAACUGGAGCCCAAGAUAACUGAUGAAAUAUUAAAAAUUACCAAAGUAGAUUUAAAUGAUUUGAAUGUGCUCAACCAUGGCGACUUCUGGAGUAACAAUAUGAUGUUCUCGCAUGACUCCUUUGACAAAAUUAAAGACAUAUGCCUGGUGGACUUCCAACUACCUAAAUGGGGCUGUGUCGCACAAGAUCUGUACUAUUUCUUGCUGUCCUCAACCAAAUUUGAGGACAAACUUACAAAAUUCGACUACUACAUCAAGUUCUAUUAUGAUAAUCUAGUCGAAAACCUAAAGACGCUAAAGUAUUCCAAGCCAGUGCCUGCACUGCGCGACUUGCACAUAACACUCUUCAAGUACGGCUUCUGGGGUUACCUGACUGCCACAGGUGUGAUGAGCGCUGUUUUGGUGGAUCCCACGGAAACGGCCAGCUUUGACAACUUUCUCAGCGACUCCACGGAGGGCACCGACUUUAAGAGUCUGCUCUAUACCAAUGCUCGAUACCGCAAACAUAUCCAGGCAAUUUUACCGUGGCUGCAUAACCGUGGCGCCCUCUAGGGAUUUUAAGUGCGCCCUAUCAAUUAGAAAAUGAUAAAAACAACAAAUUACACAAAACCAAC